ACUCACUGACUGCUGGUCAUUGUCUUGAAUCCCCUGUCAACUAAGACUAAACUGAAGCACUUGGCUGUCUACAGAGUGAUUUAGAUCUCAGUGUUACAAUCCAUCCCGAAUCGCUGAACUAUUAAUUUGUACACGAUGUGGAGAAAAUAUUGAGCCAAGUGUUUUUACAUAAGGAGUUUCAAUUCGAGAACUGGUCUCAAUGCAACGAAGGACAAACUGGCUAAAUACAAAAAUGAUGUGAUGAUUCAGAAACUUCUGGUCACUAUAACACAAAGGAGAACUAGAUGCUGUACAUUUUGCUCAUUGCUGACUUAUCAGAGACAUAUUUCUAAGCUUUCCACAAUGGCUCAACCUCAACCUCAACCUAAACUGAUUGUCUUUGAUUUAGAUUACACAUUGUGGCCCUUUUGGGUUGACACUCAUGUCAGUCCUCCAUUCAAGAUGGGAUCCAAUGGGAAAGUCUAUGAUGCCGAUAAACAACAUGUGAAAUAUUAUCCAGACGUCCCUGACAUUUUGCGUAAACUCCACCAGGAAGAUUUCAAACUUGGCAUUGCUUCAAGAACUUCUGCCACUCAUGAAGCUAAUGACCUCACCCGCCUGUUCAACUGGGAUCAGUUUUUCCACUAUCGCCAAAUAUACCCAGGGUGUAAAAUAACUCAUUUCAAGAAACUUCACAACCAAAGUGGAAUUCCGUAUGAGGAUAUGAUCUUUUUUGAUGAUGAACACAGGAAUAUAGUAGACGUUUCGUCCUUAGGUGUGACUUGUAUGUUUGUCCCGGAUGGAGUUUCCUGGCAGUCGUUUAAAGAGGGCAUUGAGCUCUUUCAGCGUCGGAGAACUAAGAAAGGGACAAGUUCCUGAAAAUGUUCUUCACCAGUAGCUGUUGUGUCAAAGUUUUCACAAAUACUUUAUUGAAAGGCCAAGAGAAUUUAUGUUUACAAGACACUUUUAGCCACUCAAAUUGUUAAAAACAAAAAUUAAACUGCUUUUAAUUUGGAGUUGAUUUCAUUUGUUAAAAAAGAUGUAUAGUUGCUUUUAUUUUGGUACUGAAGGCAUUUGUUAGAAAAGAUAAAUAAUUGCUAUUUGUUUGGAACUGAAGGCAUUUGGAUGAUCAUUGUUUAUUGCUUUAUCAUUGUGUUAUUUUAUAGGUGUGCUGACUGUGAUAAGAUUUUAAAGAUUUCCUGAGGGGUAUUUAUGUGCAAAACUAGUGGUCAGAAGAAAUAAGUACAACAUUUAAAGCACACUUUUUGUUCUUUUUGUGACAAACUCAUUUGUCUUACUUUGUUCUCAGAAAUGAUAACAUCCCUCAUAGUGGGUUUGGUUACUUCAUAGACAUCUCCUGAAUUUGAAAAUUAAACGUCCUUCUCGUUUUAUAUGAUUUCUUUUAGGCUGACAGGAUAGGUAACGUUCAGAUGAGAUAAGGGUUUAAUACCUGUUUAAACAAUGUAUUGCUAUC